CGAGAGAAGUCGAUUGGGUUGGAGAGAAAAGUUCACAAACAUUGGCGAGAAUACUCAGUGUGGCCAACUAUGGUUUUGUAACAAUUCAAGCAGUGUUCCAAGUAGUCAUAAUAAUCUAUUAGUGCUAGUAUUAUCGACUGGGCAUCUUCCAUUUGAAGCACGUAAGUAAGUAAAGUACCUUUACGGGCAAAUCCGACUGAAUUGAGGACUUAAUAUCUGAUAUAACCAAGUACUUGCACAGUCAGAAAAAGAACAGACACUGUUGUAACAUGAGGAAAGUACCAGAGCUACAGACUUGCUGCGGUUUCGUCUCUCUUCGCUCUGGAUCCAAAAUAUUUGGUUUCAUCUCCCUGAUAGGGAGCCUGUUCAUCUGCUUAGAAUGUGCCUGUGGUAUAAUAUUGUUUUAUGCGCACCCGCAAUUCGUGUAUUUGGCGGUAACCGUCUUGGCCGUGGAGCUCCUGGUGCACAUCGUCCACGCUGUCACUUCUGUGUUCUUGCUCUUGGGAGUAUAUCAGGAUAAACCUAACCUCAUGUUCUGGUGGCUGAUCACUGCCGUGCUGAUCUUCGUGUUGGAAACGUUCCUGUUGCCAUCACUACUGAUCCGAGCUCUGACUUUAUUCGUCUCUAUCGACCAGGACUACAAGAUGGUCUGCAUUACGUUGUUGAUGAUGAUUGACGACGUAUACGGAUGGCUUGUGGUCCACAGCUACUACAGGAAAUUGACUCCUCAGGGCACGGACGUGGUUUAGCUGCACUGACCUACCACAAGGAGAAUUGUGGGGAGAGAGUUGAUGGAGUUGACAUUUGAGAAUAUUCACAAGAGGAGAAGACAAUUAGAAAAGUCUUCUUAAACAUGACUUACAUAAUGAGUCCCAACACAAAUAAAUUUCUAACAUGCGAUUUAAAACACAAACCUAAGGUUAUCUUGUAGCGUGAACUAUGUAGAUAAUUUACUUGCCUAAAACUAAAAUUGUAAAAAAGCCAAAACCAAACAUAAAAAGCUGUUAAGAAAAUAUUGAGCAUUAUAUAUUAAAUAAAUAAAUUUAUGUAUAUAAUUAAUGAUUUUAUUCCUGCAUUAAAGUUUAAUAAUUACGGAUUUCACACAUUGAAAGUGUAGUGAUCAAAGUGCAUAUGUCUACAAUAUGUUAUAAUAUGUUUAAUUUAGUAUAUCUUUCAAUCCCUCGUUCAAUAACAGUGGACUAUUAUGGCAACAGAGUGAAGAAGAGCCAGUUGAUGGUUGAAAUAACAGAUUACGAUUAAAUUAAAUUAUUUCUGUUCUUUAAUUGUAUAUUCAGUUUUAAAUAAAGAUAACAUACUUCAAUAUAAUUAUAUGAGUAGGCUAUAUUGUGAAGAAUGUGAUCCAAAACGACGUUUUUAAAAAAUAUACUAAACUAAUAAAACCGUAUUGAUUAAUGUUCAUGUAAAGAAAGCAUAACCAUUUCUUAUAUGCUGUUACCAGUUUUUAAUAAAUUACCUAUUAUUAUUAUAAACUUGAAUGUUCAUACCACUAACUUAAUAUUAGUUCUUAUCUUAUGAGGGUACAAUUUAUCAGUCACAGUAAUACUUGUAAAUUUACGACCGGCUUCGACAAUACCAGGGUUAGUUGCUAGGUAAAAUAUGAAUCUCUUAGAUAAUAACAUAAGAUAGUGACAGAUAAUGACAAUGCGUGAUAUUCUUGGUAACUUGCAAUAUCUUUAUGUAUACUCGAAACGAAACAGGGAGUCAAAAUAUCUUAAUACAUGAACUAAUACUGAUUAUUUCAUUGGUACUACUGAAGUAGGAUAUAGCGCCUGUGCAAUUUUGGUGAAACUUUAAUGUGCAGGGUAAAUUAAAAAGCGGGAAUUAAAAGUUAAAGAGACAAUUGAUUAACUCAUAGAGGUAUUAUACCUGUGUUUAAUGGUUGCGUACCGAAUAUAAUGUUAUCAGAACUGUUACUGUGGUUUUGUUAACAUCGCGUAACGAUUAUAAAGAUUUAAUUCAGAACUAUUAAAUUAAUAUGAAUUUAAAUGAUCUAUUGAUUUAAAUUUAAAUGUUAAUAUUAUUGUUCACUCAGCUGAAUAUAAGCUACACAGGUUAUUGAAUUCAUUUAUUUCUCUUAGUGUGUCGAUGACUGUUAUGGGACACAAAAGAGAACAAACAACGGGCAUUCAAAGCUUCGAAUGCAAUAUGCACAAAACAGUUCAAAGAAAAUUUGCUCAUAUUCUUACAUCGCCCAAUACUGAUAACUGUUUUACAUUUUAAAUGGGAUCGUGUUUAUUGUUAUGAGCACCAUUACUAUUAUUGCCCGAGCGAAUUUAUGUUAUAAGCUUUUUAAUCUAUCGUUGGCAUUUUUCUUAUACUUUGUUUUUUUCUAUGCGAAUCUUUUAAUUAUGUAGUAAUCUAUUUUUAUGUGUGUUUAUCUUAAAGUAUCAACUGAUGAUUUAUAUAUAUAUAUAUUUUUUUUAUUAUAUUAUACCCCAACAUCAUCUGUUUGGAUUAAGAUAAAUUAUACUUCUUGAUCUCUGAAAAGUGUGGUGUGGGAACAUAAUUAAUGAAAACCUCUGCCUCGAGUAUAAUUAAUACACAUUUUCUAAAAAGAAAAUACAUUUUUAUUUUCUCACGAUUUUUUUCAGCCUGAUUUCUAACUCAGAAUCACUAUUAUUAUUAUUAGCAAAAUAAAUAGUGAUUGCGGCAUUAUGAUAGUUUCACACCAACACACACGCAUAUCCCACACACCUAAGUGCAGGGGAUUAGGACCGGCAGUAAAAAUCCUCCACUGCUUAUCAAAAGAUUUAUUUCUUUUUUUUUAUGUAUCUUUAACGAAGUUAUAUUGAAGUUGAAGGGUGAUUACAAUGAAAUAAGAAAACAAUAAUCUAACCGAAAUUAAUUUCUCCUUCGGAUUCCAACUUAUUGGUUUAAGCUAUCUAGUCUAUCACCAAGAAUCCAAAACCACUCAGUCUGUAAUAUUGACGGCUAUGUGCAUAGUAAAGGUAUUUUUGAUACCGAUUAUAUCCUGUCCUUAUCAUAUUUAGUAUUGUAUUUAGAAAAUUUUGGAAACAGUACAAAAUAUAUAUAUUGAUGUAAUUUAGCGUGGCUAUGAAGAAACAGUAAUAAAUGUAUUCUGUACAAUUUCUUGAAUUUUACUUGAUUAAAAGUAGACUAGUUAUUAUUCUUGAGUUAUUAAAAGCCCGGAUUUAAUUUUCAAGUAAAACAGAAUCAGAUAAACUCAUGAAAACCAAUUAUUAAGUUUUGUAGCUGAAAACAACAAUUUUCCUCUUUUUAACAAAAUUUGUUAACAUAACCAUUAUUUAAGUAUCUGGCGUUUAGUUUUACGUGUGUCAAACUACAAAUAUCAAAUGCCAGAACAAAUAUUGUUCUAUAUUCUUAACCAUUUCCACUAUCUUGCAAUUUAGAACCUUGUCAAAAUUAACGCUAAUGAUAUAUUUUUUAUUGGGGAAAUUCAACUAUCAUUUACACACAGAAAGGCGGUUUUUACGAGUAAUACAUUUUAAAUUGGUUCUCAUCUUCUAUACUAACAUUAUAUCUUAUAAGGACCUAAUUAUUUAACAAGAAAAACCCUGUUAUGCUGAGCUAAAAAGGGUUUUCACUUGUUUAUUAAUAUGUAUGUUAUAUAACGGAUAUGAAGUUAAAUAGUGCUUAUAGUAAUCUUAAAUCAGAACAGUACUUUUGACCAUGUUUCAGAGUGUUGUAUUAUACUGUACGUCGUCGCCUAUUUUACUGACCGUAUUAUGUUUGAGGUGGUCUUCCUCUGUGUCAAAAACAAUGCAAGUCCUUUGUCACAACUUAUCUACUGAUUCAAAUAAGGAAAAUUAACGUUCACUUUAAAUACGUUAUAUAUAAAAAACACAAAUAUAUUUUAUUUUAAUAAGUUAGUCUGUAUUAAAAGUAGCUACUUCAAUUUAAUAUUCACUUUCUUAUUAUUGUAACAUUUCGUUAUUUCAUUUAAAUAUAUAUGUCAAUACUAUAUUGUUUAAUGUUUUAUACUAUUACAAAAACUGUAAUGAGCUACAGUUAGUCCCUCAUUGUUGGUUUCUUUAUUGCUAUGGCUUACAAAGUAAAAACUAAAUAUUUUUUACUCAACAACAAAUAUAUAGGUACACUAAAUAUAUUAUUAACUCGCCAUACAAUAAUACUCUUGGUAUGAUUUCUCUCUCAAAAAUGUUAUUCAUUAAUUUUUAUGUAAUACUAGUAGUUAUCUGCGGAUUUGCACUCAAUUUCCCACUGAGAAACAGAAUGUCAUUAUAUUUCUUUGGAAUGGCAUUCUUAAGAAAAGGUAAGGUGGGGGGGGGGGUUCACUAGACCCCUAUUUUAGUAAACUUUUAACAAAUGUACCAAAAUGAUUUUUUUAAUAAUGUGAUUUUAUCAGAAUGUAUUUUUUUUUAAUUAUUUUAUUACAGUUUGAAGUAUAUUUACCAGGUGUUUAAAGUACCAGCAUUCUUUCUGAUUCAUAAAAUAUUGUGUAAAAAAGUAACAAAUUUCAAUAAGUUGAUUUACAAAAUCAAUAUGAAACCAUACAAACUUUUAAACAUUAUAAAAAUUUAAAGUAAUAUUGAAAAGAUCCAAGGGAUAGUGAGGAUAGGGUUCGAGAGGGAUAGGAGAGGAUGAGAGGGACUUUGGUUUGUUUACGUAUAAUAUCAACCUAAAACUACGAUCUGUAAAAACAUUAUUAUUUGAUACCUAUUUAUGAACCUUUUUCUACUCUCCUAUUUGACACCCACCAAAACUAUCGCAGUUGCUGAUCGAGUCCUAUUGCAGUGGUAAGUCUUCUGUUAAUUUUCUGUUUUCUAUAGUUUUUCUGAUUUUCUGAUCAAGUGCUGAUUCGCUCUUGACACCUCGCAGGCUUUCAACGUAUUUUUUUUUUACGUAUUUUGUCAUUAUUCUUGUUUACUAUCUAACACCGUGGUAUAUUAAGACCAUCUCAAUAACCACUAGAUUAAACUGUAUCAAACUGUGAAGGUUUUAUAAAUGUGUUUUUUCAGCUCAAACAAUUUACCUGUUAAAAAAGAAACAAGAAAACUAAAAUGUUCUAAAAGAUUUUUGGCUUGCAGAACAGGUCCUUCCAAGCUUAAGUGUCAAUAUGAGAGCAAUAAACAAAAUUCGCUUAUCACGUUGAACGAUUUACGUACAAAAUAGUGUUUUUCCUGUCCAUUUAAUGAUUAAUUAAUUCCUAACAAAUAACUGUUAAUUGAGUUUAAAUAAGUUCAAGGCAAUAUUUAUUAGACUCUUUAUUAAGAGCCAGGCAUGGGCUUCUACAAAGGUGUCCAAGCUUUAAAAACCUUGAAAUUAACCGUACGUCCGAACGAUAACUUUUGAUAGAUACUUACAUUGCAUUAGAUACUUAAUAUGAAACAGUUUCUCUUAGAUAAAAGGAUGACUUUUGUUGGUCUUGGGGUUAAUAGGUCAAAAUUAAAGGUAAAACUAAGGUGACAUUUGUACAUUUGCUUUAUUGUUAACGAUAAUGGCCCUGAUUCAUUUUCUUUAAAAACAAUAAACUGAGUAAAAUUAUGCGAAAAAUAUUUGAUGAAGUCACUUUUUCAUGCUUACCAACCUACCAAGAUUUAAAUUUUUUAUGUUCUGCCGAGUCCUUUUAAAAUCUGUUGGGAAGCUUUAUUUGUUAAUAAAAGCUUGACUUGAAUACAUUGCGUAUAAUAUAUGUCAAAUACGUAUUUUAUAAUAUUUUAAUUUCAAAAGUUACUUGUAUCGUGUACAUUAUUUGGGUAACAGUAAAGAACUGUCUUUCGAAAAGUAAUUAUUUGUUUUUUAAUUUUAUCAACAGUACUGGCUUAUCAAUGUCAUGGCUUUUCACCCGCAAACGAGAGAAGCGAUUGGGUUGGAGAGAUAAGUUCACAAACGUUGGCGAGAAUACUCAGUGUGGCGUACUAUGGUUUUGUAACGAUUCAAGCAGUGUCCAAGUAGUCAAAAUAAUCUAUUAGUGCUAGUAUAAUCGACUGGGCAUCUUCCAUUUGAAGCAC